GAGCAGGGGUGCUGCGCUUCGACCUUGGAGGAUAGUUGCGGGCGGCGACUUCUCCUGAACUCCAAGUGCCACACCUCGGGGGCGUUAUGGCGAUGCAAGACCACUCAUUACUCCAAGCAGCACUGUAUCUGAGUGGCGCGUAUCUCGCCUUCAGUGUCUGUCGGGCGAUUUACAACGUCUAUUUUCAUCCGCUAGCCAAAAUACCUGGGCCCAAAUUACGUGCUGCGUUCUAUUUUCCUCACAACUUCGAGCUUGUUGCCGGUGAUGUUGUCCACAACUGGCACAAGCUGCACGAACAGUAUGGCGAAGUUGUUCGUAUUUCUCCGUCGUGGAUUUCGUUCACCAACCCGGACGCAUGGCGAGAUAUUUACGCCCAUCCCUCCAUCCCUAAAGACCCUGUCGUGUACAACACCUACGAAGGCAGAAACCGUCCGGCAAACAUCAUAUCUUCGAACGACGCAGACCAUGCCCGUAUACGUCGCUGUAUGAACCAUGCCUUCUCCGAUCAAGCCCUCCGUGGCCAAGAACCUAUCAUCAGCUCCUAUAUUACGCUGCUUGUCUCUAAGCUACAGGCUAAGUCAAGAAAUGACUCGCCUAUAGAUAUUAUGCGCUACGUCAAUUACGCCACCUUUGACAUUCUUGGAGACCUUUGUUUUGGGGAGUCUUUCAACGCAUUGGAGUCAGAGGAAUACAGCGAAUGGAUGGCCAAUCUUUUCAAAGGCGUCAAACUUGUACCAUUCGUCAGAUUAUUCAAGCAGUACCCGAUUAUUGGUGUACCAUUCUGGAUUUUGACUAAGAUAUUUCCGCAGAUACUGGCCGCAAGGACCAAGCAUGACAACUACACUAUAGAAAAGACGGCCAAGAGGAUAGAAAAAUUUACGGACAGGAAGGAUUUCAUGAGCUAUAUUUUGAAACAUAAUGAUGAGAAAGGCAUGACCAGAGACGAGAUCAUGCGUACGUCAGGAGUCCUCAUCGUGGCCGGCAGCGAAACCUCGGCCACCCUCCUCAGUGGAGCGAUCUACUACCUCCUCUCAAAUCCGACCUGGCUUGAGAAAGUUAGAGAGGAGCUCGAUGGCGCAUUUAAGAAAGAAGAAGAGAUGACUUUCGCGUCGCUAGGCCAGCUGAAAGUGCUGAAUGCCGUGCUCACCGAAACCUUUCGCAUGUACCCUCCGGUGCCGGUCAUUUUACCUCGAGCAACCGUAGACAAAGGUGCAAUAGUGUGUGGGACAUUCAUUCCGAAAGGCUGUACCCUAGGCGUCACGUCGUAUGCAGCUUCUCGCUCGUCGCACAAUUUCAAACACCCAGACAUCUUUGCGCCACAGAGGCAUCUCGGCGACCCAGAGUUCAAGCAUGAUAAGCGAUCUGUUAUACAGCCGUUCUCCGUAGGACCUAGAAACUGCAUCGGCCAGACCAUGGCGUGGCUUGAGCUGCGAGCUAUCCUUGCUAGAGUAUUGUGGAAUUUCGAUAUAGAGCUUGUGGACAAAUCGCACAAAUGGGAUCAGCAUAAGGUUUUUGUUCUGUGGGACAAGCCGGCGCUUAUGGUCAGGCUAAAGAUGAGGAAGCACGAGUAAUUUAGAAUGGUUGGGCGUUCAAAUCGUGACUCCGAGGACAAUGAGGAGAGCAGCAAUGUAUGCGACAAGAUGCGAAGAGCACUAAAUAAAAUUGGGAAGUUGGUACUGCCUCUGCGCAAGCACCCGUCAAACUACCACGAGCCUUGGAGCUCCCGAGUUCUUGGCGUUGGCUCGCGUGGUGGUUGAAAAUGUGUGAGCCUUGGAGGCUUUGGCUGUCGCGGGGGGCAUGGCAUGAUGACUUGCGCUGGGUCACCGGUAAGUGUAACAUAGCGUAAUUAGGGGAAGGAAGGAAAGAUAGACAACACGUUCGAAAUUCAUUCGGGCUUCCUUCUU